CAAAGCCUUUGGUUCUUGAUCCUUAUGCUUAUUGGAAACCAGAUGGGAGGUCAAAACCGGAGCGAUGGAACUUCAAGAAGCAAUUACAAAAGUUUCAAGCAUCAUAGAUUUCUCAGUGUUUCAUCCAUUGUGGCAUACUCUGCUGCAGCUGUGAUCGCGGUUGGAGUACUGAUAAUAACUUUACUAAAUGCUUCUGUUCGAAGGAGGAUCGCAUUCGUUGAGAAUGCGUUGGAAAGUAUGUGUUCAAGUUCUUCUAAAUCAGGGAGCCUAGCCACUGGAAAGCUUGUGUUAUUGGACACAAAAUCGUCGCCGGAUUGGACUAAUAGCAGUCUUGAAUCAGUCCUAAACAAGGCAGCUGAAAUCGGUGAAGGUGCCUUCGGAACUGUUUACAAGGCUCCAUUGGGAGGGGAAGGAAGGAUAGUAGCAAUCAAGAAGCUUGUGACAUCAAAGAUCCUCCAAUAUCCUGACGACUUUGAUAGAGAAGUAAGAGUUUUAGCAAAAGCAAGGCAUCCAAAUCUGAUAUCCUUAAAAGGGUAUUACUGGACUCCUCAACUGCAGCUUCUAGUAUCAGAAUAUGCACCAGAAGGAAGUUUACAAGCCAUACUACACGAAAGGCCUUCGUCUUCAUCUUCCCCUCCCCUCCCCUGUCUUGGUCCAGUCGAUUCAAUAUUAUGCUCGGAAAAGCCAAGGGACUAG